AAAUUCCCCUGAAAUAUUGUUUAAAAUAAUUUUGACCUGACCCUUUGUUUGAUACUUUGGUGCCCCCAACAUAUCUCCGCCACUGGUUGUAGUCCACAGUAGAGAAAAGUCGCCGAUGAGCCCAAUGGAUCGGGGAACAGCAGAGGAAGCGCUAGUCCUUCUUCGUAGAAGACUAUGUGAUGCCAAUUUCAUCUUCUCCCUCUUCUCCGAUUCUCCCGAUAGCAACUACAGCAAGUUGAAAUUUAUCGUAUCAAGUUCGGUAACUGAGGCCUGUAACAAUUCGAUUCUGCUUCUGGGUCCUCGAGGAUGCGGCAAAAUUGCGGUGUUGGAUCUUGUUCUAGAGGAUUUGCUGAAAGAAUAUCCUGAAAUGAUCUCAGUGAUUAAACUAAAUGGGCUUUUGCACUGUGAUGAUAAUUGUGCUCUAAAGGAAAUUGCUAGACAAUUAUGUAUUGAGCAUGAACUGAUGUUUUCCAAAAUGGCAUCAUUUGAUGAUAAUUCUCAGUUCAUGAUUGCCAUGUUGAGAGAAUGUGGAUUAGCUCACAAGACAGUGAUCUUCAUAUUGGAUGAGUUUGACCUAUUUGCUCAGGGUAAGCAAAGAUUACUCUAUAGCUUGUUAGAUGCAAUGCAGUCUGUAACUUCUCAAGCUGUUGUCAUUGGUGUGAGUUGUAGAUUGGAUGCUGAUCAGUUAUUGGAAAAAAGAGUAAGAUCUCGAUUCUCACAUCGGAAACUACUGUUUCAUCCUCCCCCAAAGGAUGAUUUACAGAGACUGCUCAAACACAUUCUACUAUUGCCAACAGAUUCAAGCCUUCCUCAUGACUACAUAACAGAGUUUAAUUCAAAAAUUUCAAACAUAUUAGCAGAUAAGAGAUUCAUGGAAGUCAUUGAUAAGUUGUCAGAUUCCGAUUCCACCUUCAGUAAUUUCAUCAGAUUUCUGUUUUCAGCUGUAAGUUUGAUGGAUUUGAAAUCUGGUUUCAUGACACUCGACAACUUCAAAUCUGCACUUUCAAGCAUCCAACGACAGCCAAAGUUGGAUUGCUUAAAAGAUUGCUCAAUUCUGGAAUUUUAUUUAAUGGUUUGCAUGAGGAGGUUGGAAACCAAAGGACAGGAGCUGUAUAACUUCAAUUCUGUAAUGAAUGAAUACAAAAGUGUACAUGAUUCCUACCAGUUACAGACACAUGAUUACCAUUCACGUAGUGUAUGCUUAAGGGCUUUUGAGCACCUUGUUGAUCGACAGUUAAUCGAGUUUGCAGAUAGAGGACACAAUCAGACUAUCGAGUUUCGUGCAGUGAAGCUUUUAAUUUCCUCCUUUGAACUUCAUCAAGGAUUGAAAUCAAAUCGCUUGUUACCAGUAAUCCUUCAGAAACUAAUGGAAUCAAAAAACUAAAGAUUGGAAUGACUUGAUGAAAUGGAAGACAUCAAAUUACCUUUUUUUAACACAUGUUUAUGCCUUUGACUUCUAUUGUUGUAUAAACUGGAAUGGUGGUUUCCCUUGCAGCUUGCUAAGAUUGGUAUGUAGGAGUGAUUGAAACUAUUACACUUGGUUUGGCUUGGCUUGGCUACUGUUUUGGAAUUGUACAAGUGAAUGUUCAUUUUAUUUAUUGAAAUGGAAUGAAAAUUACAUUAUAACUCA